CUGUGGGGCGGGCGACUUACACGAGAUGUGGAUUCACGGGCUUCCCUUUUAUUCGGCUUUGAUUUUUCGCACUUGGAUCCGAAAAAUUCACAGCCAACCAUCCAUUACACCUCAAUGUCAACUUACUGUAGCCUCCUUUCGCAGACGCCGCAGCUCCAUUCAAGGGCUUCCCUUUAUUCGGGUUUUAUUUUUCGCACUUUGAUCCGAAAAAUCAAUUCACACCCAAUCUCAACUUACUGUACUCUAGCCACCUUUCGCAGAAAUGGCGGCGUCGUCAUCGACCAGAAAGUCCAUUCAACCUCACCGCAAAUCACGCACCGGCUGUAGCUCUUGUAAACGCCGCAAAGUCAAGUGCGACGAAGAGAAGCCAUGUAGCAAUUGCAUCCGCUUCGGCCUGCCCUGCAAUCUCGUCCCAGAAAAUGCCCAUUUCGAACAUGGUAUUGUAGGACCUGCCGCUCCGACUCGACGAGGUCGGGGGCGGCCUCGGAAGAACUGGGCAGAUCCCCCACACUCCCAAAGCACACCAUCCACCACCCCAACCUCCCCCCUCGACGACCCAACACCCCUCAACCAGCGGGCCUGUGUCCCGACGACGACGACAAUCGACCUCAAUAUUACCCAAGCCGAACUCCUCCUCCACUUCACCACCACCACCGCCCUCUCCAUCGGCGGCUGCGACGAGCACCCGCACCACCUCGCCUUCUGGACGCGCAACGCCCUGCACAUCGGCCUCGCCCACCCCUUCGUCCUGCACCUCCUCCUCGCCGACACGGCGUUCCACCUCGCCUACCUGACAGCCACCCAUCACCAUGAGCAAGAAGAUGUGUUGCUGUUGCCUCCGCGCCGUAGCCAUAGCGAAUAUCUCGCCCUCGCGCAGCAGCACCUGACGGAGGGGGUGUCGGGGUUCGCGGCAGAGCUUGCGCGGCCGGGGGAGGGGAAUUGUGGGGCGCUGUAUCUGGGCGCGGUGCUACUUUGUUUUUGCACGUUUGCGGAUGGGCCGAGGGGGGACGGAGAUUUGCUGGUGUGCAGUGUUGAUGGGGAUGGAGAUGGAGAUGAAGGGUGUGGUUUGGAAGAGGUCGGGGGUGGUGGUGUGAGCAUGCCGUUCGUGUACGGCGUGCGGCUCAUGCACCAGACUUUUCGUCCAGAGGUGUUGUUCGCCGGUUUGAUGGAGCCGUUGGGGAGGGAUCUGCCGCCGUCGCCUUUGGAUACGCCCGUUUACGUAAGGGAUGGGUUCCCGCGGGUGGAGUGGGAAGAGCAGUUGGAUGGGCUACGGGAGUUUGUUGUGGCCAGGGCACAAGAAGGCGGCGCACCCAAUGAAGGAGAACUCUCCAGGACGACAGCAGCCGUCGCCGUCCACGCCCUCGACAAUCUCAUCGGGAUAUACGCCGCGAUAUACGGGCGCCGCGGGCCAGACGGCGAGAUCAGAGAUGACGGCCCGCCUCACAACCAGUUCGUGUUUGGCUGGCUGUACCGUGUCGAGCCCGAGUUUGCGGCGUGCGUGAGGAGGUGCGACCCCAGCGCCCUGUUGGUCCUGGCGCACUAUGCCGUGCUGCUGAAUAGGCAGACGACUCCAUCUGGCUGGUUUCUCAAAGGUUGGAAGGAGCACAUUAUUGCGAGGGUUGGCGUGCUUUUGGGGGAGAGUGAGACCAGCAAAUGGAUGCGUUGGCCGAUGGAGCAGAUUGCGCCGGAAGAAAAAGAGUAAUCUUCUUGCUACACUAUAUUUCGUGCAAUUAGACAUGCACUCCUUCUUUCUCCUUCUUACACAAAAGUCUUUGC